AUGAUGAUGAUGAUGAUGAUGAUGAUGAUGAUGAUGAUGAUUAGUGGUAAAGCAUGGGGACGAACCAACACCACACAGGCGUGUUGAGAACCAGCAGCAGCCUUUCAGGACCAGCAGCCAGCCAGUGUCUGGUGAACGUGCAUGUGCGCGUCGGUGCGCGCAUGUGUGUGUGUGCACGUGUGUGCGGAGCAGCAGCCGACACACACACUAAACAUUGGUUGGCAACAUGGCGUUGAAGCGCCGAGAGGCUCGACGGCAGCCCAGUGCAGCCUCGUUGUGAGGGAAGGAGCCGAAGCAGCGCCGACUCUUUCACGCACCGGCGGAGACAAUAGCAGAUUCCAGCAAACGCAUGUGGCGUUGACGGCAUAUCCAGACUACGGUGGUUGUACGGAGGCACGCUGUUACCCCGGUGGUGGAAAUCAAAGGCUGUACAUGGCGGUGGAGAGAACAUUUUGGCUGCUGUGUCUUCUUUCGCUGUUUUGUGGUCCUUCCAAGCAAGAAAAACCUGAUUCUGUCGAGCUGAGCUGUGGACCUGGGCCCAGUCAUGUAGUGCUGGAACCAGGUUCGCCCCUCGUGCUGGACUGCAACCUGGGGGCCAGCGAGACACCUUUCAAUGUCACCUGGUUUCACGAUGGCCAGGUCCUGCCUCAGGAGGGGGCUAACCUGCAGUAUUUGGUCAACGGGUCUCUCCUUCUCCUGCCGUCCUCUGAAGACGGCCCGUCUGCACGCAACGUGAAAGGAAACUACAGCUGUGUGAUAGCCGGCGCUCAAGGAGCCCUGACCAGUCGGACGGUGAAUGUCCUGUUGGCAGGUCGACCCAGGUUUCAUCAGCAGCCGUCUGACCAAACAGUUCCUGCAGGGGGAGCUGCCCGCUUGGCGUGCCAGGCUGAUGGAAUUCCUGUACCUGUGAUCACCUGGGAGAGGAAUGAGAUGUCUGUCCCUGAGAACACAAGGUUCAUUUCCCUGCCUAACGGGGUGCUGCAGAUCUUUGAAGUGACCAAGGAGGAUGAGGGUGUCUACCGCUGUGUCGCAUCUAACUCUGCUGGCAGGGGCAUCAGUCAUGAGGCCAGGCUCGUCGUCACCACAGGCGCUGCUCAAACACUUGACAACGUUGUAAUCGUGGCACCACCUCAAAAUGCCAGCGUGGUACUGGGUCGGCCCACGGUGAUGGAGUGCAUGGCACAGGGCCAGCCUAAGCCUCUGGUGUCCUGGAGCAGACGAGAUGGAAAACCUAUUUCUGCCGAUGUGAUUGUUCUCGCAACCAACCUGGUGAUUAGGGACACAAGGCGUCACCACGCUGGAGUCUACGUCUGCCGCGCCAAUAAACCCAAGACCAGAGAGUUUGUGACUGAAGCUGCUGAACUGCAUGUGUCUGCUCCUCCUGUGAUUCUCCAGCCUCCUGACACUGUGUCCCUGUCCCGGGGAAACACUGCCAGAUUCGUGUGCAACAGCUCAGGUGAGCCCCCCCCCGUGUUACACUGGCUGAAGAACGGCCAACCCAUCAGGCCGUUCAGACGAGUGAAGACCCAGAGCCCUGGAGUGCUGCUCAUUAACCAGCUCGCUCUGGAGGAUGUGGGUUACUACCAGUGUAUAGCAGACAACGGCCUGGGCGUGGCCUGUGCCACGGCCAAGCUGACGGUCAUUGUGAGGGAAGGUCUGCCCAGCCCGCCCCGUCAGUUGUCCGCUGUCCCCUACUCCAGUACAACUGUGCUGCUCACCUGGGAGAAGCCGGAGUUCAACUCAGACCAAAUCAUCGGCUACUCUGUGCACUGUCAGGGAGCUGCAGAAUUAGAUCACAUGGAAGAACAAUUUGCCAUAAACAAUGAAACCACGGAGCAUCUCAUCGAGGACCUUCUGCCUCAUACAGCCUACACCUUCUUUGUGGUGGCCUAUUCUCUCCGCGGUGCCAGUCCCCCAUCGAAGCAUGUGACCGUAGAGAUGCUGGAGGACGUACCCAACGCCCCCCCUCAGCUGUCCAUAGUCAGCACCUCCCCGACAGACAUCCGACUGAUGUGGCAUCCGCUCUCCUCACAACACAGUCGAGGAGCUGUCACUCGCUACCGUAUUGAAUACAGCUCUCUGGAUCAAGUGGACAACGUCUUCUCAGUGGAGGUGGGAGGGAAUGAGACUCAGUUUACACUCAGAGAGCUGCAGCCCAACCAGCUCUAUAGACUGAGGAUUGCAGCCGGAACAGGCAUCGGGUUUGGAGUCCCGUCAGAGUGGGCUCAGCACCGGACCUUAGCACACUACAACAAGAGUGGCCACAGUAUGGUGAUAUUUGCUCCCAUCGGGUUAAAUGUCAGUGCCAGAGAGAACACUCUGAACGUCACAUGGCACCCCCCACCCAAUCACACGCUGGUAUCUGGGUACAAGCUCUCCUGUAGAGAGAGGGAGGCCGAGGAGCCGGCGAGCAGAGAAAGGCCCAAACAAACCCACAUCAUCAGACUGAGGAAGAAGGACAGGUUUCAUCUGCUGACUGGGCUGGUUCCUGACCAACAGUAUGAAGUUAAAGUCUGGGCCUUUAACAAGCAGAUAGAUGGCGCUGCUGCGGUGUGGAACGGAAAAACAGAGAAGGUUCGCAUAAAAGUACCCUAUAUACCCCUCCCUCCGCUGCCACCCAGCAGUGUCCAGGCCAAGGCCAACAGUUCCACCACCGUUUGGCUGCGCUGGGAGAAACCAAGGUUCAGCAACACACGCAUCAUCAACUACACCGUGCGCUGCAGCCCAGCGGGAACCACGAACGCCUCUCUGGUCUCCUAUCACACCAGUUCUGCUCAGGAGAUUCUGCUGCGGGCGCUGAAGCCUUUCACCCGCUACAGGUUUGCAGUGCAGUCGAAUGGAGUGGACGUGGUUGGACCUUUCAGCGGCACCGUGGAGGUGUCUACAUUUGCUGACCAACCCUCCACCCCCCCAGAGGGGCUGCAGCUGAGUGUUGUGGACUCCUCCUCUGUGCUUGUGAGCUGGCGCCCUCCCUUGGAGCCCAAUGGUAUCAUCAUCAGCUACAUGAUUUUGUACAGCUUUAACCUCAGCGAACCAGAACACCUUUGGAGAAACAUCUCACAGGACGGGAGUAUUACCAGCCUUGAGGUCCAGGGUUUGUCCAGCGGAACCCAAUACUUUUUUAAGUUGGGGGCGUCGACAGAAGUGGGCUCUGGUCCGUAUUCAGCAGUGAAGGAUGUUCACGUCCCCCUUCAGAAAUAUGAGCUGGACGUCCACACGGUGAUAGGCAUCAUAGUGGGUGUGUGUCUGGGCCUGAUGUGCAUCCUCCUCUGUAUGUGCUUCAGCUUCCGUAAUGGAAAAUCCCGAGACAUCACCAGGGCCGUGGACUCCACAUCUGUGGCCCCUCAGUACAGGAGAGGCGGCAGCGCUGUACCCUCCAACUUACCAGAGUGCAGCGAGAGCCACGAGCUUGAGACCCUGAUGCCCCCGGGCAGUCAAGAGUCCAUUCAGCCGUUAGCAGAGGCCCCAGAGGAGCAGAGCCUGAUGGCACGAGCCAAUCCAGAGGAAGGGGAGGAUGGCCCUGCACCUGAGACCAAGGUGGCUUGGAACGGCUCCGUGAGUCAUCACUGGACCAAUCGAAUCACUACAUACAGAGACGCCGUAACUGAAGCCUCUCCAGUGCUUAUGAAUGGAGCAGUCAUGACAACCACUGAUAACAGCAGGGCCCCAGAUCAUCUGUGUAAUUCACUGUGCAGUCACAAGGUGGAGGCAGAGGUCAUAGUUCACUCGGAGCUGUCAGAGCUGCAGGGAGAGAGAGAAAAGGAACAGGAGGAGAAGAAGAAGUUGGAGAACAGUGAGAGGGACAGAUGUCCACACACCAACAGCAGUCAACCCUCCACACCCGACGACUCGUAUUUCCACGUGAUCCGACCAAGUCUGCAUGGAGAGAAGGGAGCUGCGGAAAAACCUCCCCAGGCCCAGCCCCCCCCCGCCAUGUCAGCGGGAGACGACGGUGGUGACGUUGAAGACUCCAGAGCGCCAGAGGAGUCCAGCGCUAACACAGAAGCGCACCAUGACACGGGGCUAACCAAUGGCUUCCACUCUCCCAAGACUCUGCCGUCUGUGCUGAGGUCGGAACAUCUGGAGAACGGAGAUUCCAGACACCGUCCUUCAGCACCAGGGUCAGUGAGGAGCUGCAGCCGAUCCACGCAGUCAACAGGUCAGAGGGCAGCGUUCACCCUGGACCGUUCACCCAGCUGCGACACACAGGACGCCGUCACCACGCCACGCCUCCAACAUCCAGAUGACUCAUGGUCCACAGCGUGUUCGCCAAAUUUGGACAUCAUCCAGCUAAGUCGCUAACCUCCGUGCUACAUCAUUGUUAAACAUCAGAUGCCAAAGUGCCUGUUUUGGCAUUGGGUGCCAUAUUGUUCUCUCUCUCCCUCUCUGUCUGUAAUAUGUGUGAACUUGAUUUGUGACUCCAGCACUGAAGAGGUCUACCGCUGUUUCCGUGUGCCUCAUAUUUCAUCAGUGAAAAAAAUUUAGAAAAAAAAUUUAAGAAAAAGAAAAUUUGAAAAAAAAAAAAAUUUGAAAAACAUUUU